AUGGAAGAGAAAAAGAAUUUCUCUGGUACUUCUCUUCUUGUACCAUCAGUUCAAGAGUUGGCCAAGGAGAAUAUUUCAGCAGUUCCACCAAGAUAUGUUCAAUCUCAACUUGAAGAAUUGGUCAUCAAUGAAAGUGAUAGUAUCCUUGAAAUUCCAGUUAUUGAUAUGGACAAAUUGCUUUCUUUAGAAUUUGGGAGUCAAGAAUUGGCUAAGCUUCACCUUGCUUGCAAAGAUUGGGGAUUCUUCCAGCUGGUAAAUCAUGGUGUUGAUUCAUCAUUGGUGGAGAAAGUAAAGUCGGAGAUGCAAGAUUUUUUCAACCUUCCAAUGUUAGAGAAGAAGAAGUUUUGGCAAACUGAACAGCAUAUGGAGGGAUUUGGACAAGCAUUUGUUGUGACUGAAGAACAAAAGCUUGAUUGGGCUGAUAUGUUUUUUAUGAGCACACUUCCUAAACACUCUAGAAUGCCUCACUUAUUUCCACAACUUCCACUUCCUAUCAGAGAUACUUUUGAACUUUACUCCAUAGAAAUGAAAAAGCUGUCUAUGACCAUUGUUGAAUGUAUGGGAAAAGCUUUGAAAAUGGAUGAAAAAGAAACGAAUACUAUAUUUGAAGAUGGGAUACAAUCGAUGAGAAUAAACUACUACCCUCCAUGUCCUCAACCAGAAAAGGUUAUUGGGCUAACACCACAUUCAGAUGCAUCAGGAAUCACAAUCCUCUUACAACUCAAUGAUGUACAAGGGCUCCAAGUAAGAAAAGAUGGCGUGUGGGUCCCAGUUAAACCCCUCCCUAAUGCCUUCAUUGUCAAUAUUGGAGACAUUCUUGAGAUUGUGACUAAUGGGAUAUAUAGAAGUAUUGAACAUCGAGCAAUUGUGAACUCUGCAAAAGAAAGACUGUCAAUUGCAACAUUUUGUAUAACAAGACACAAUGGAGAGGUGGGUCCAGCAACAAGCUUCAUCACUGAAGAAACACCAGCACGAUUCAAAAGAGUUGGAUUAGAAGAAUACUUGAAGAAUGUUUUUCUUCGUAAACUUGAUGGCAAGUCUUACCUAGAUGCUAUGAGGACAUAA